CUCCUUCUUCACCUCUCUCUUUCUCUCUUCUCUUUCCCUCGUUUUCUGCUCUCUUUCUCUCUCCCGCUUUUUUAUUUUCUCACUUCCCAAACACCCAGAUCUCCUCCUUUUCCCUCUCAUUUCCUCUUCCGAUUCUUCCAAUUCCUCUUUUCCAAUCAAUCUCGAACCCUCAACCCCUCUCGAUCCCGCUCCGACCUUCGAUCUCCGACCGUUGGAUGUCGGGCACGCGAGCUUCCCCCGCCGCCGCCGCCGCGUCGGCUAACCCGCCGGAGCAGAUCAUGCAGUCGAUGAAACGGCAACUCCCGUUCUCGUCCAUGAAACCGCCCUUCGUAGCUGCCGGAGAUUAUCAUCGCUUCGCCACCGACCACCGCCGAAAUGUUGACCAAGAGGCCGAAGCAAUCGUCGUUAAGACUCCCCAAUUGAAGCGGAAGAGUGAAACAGUUGAUUUUGAAGCUGAUUCUGGUGAUAGGAUGAUUCCUGGAUCCACUGAAGCAGCUAAUAGUCCUUUCCAGACACCUGUAUCAGGAAAGAUGGGGAAGGGAGGCAAAUCCUCUAGGCUGACAAAAUGUAACAGAUCUGGAACUCAAACCCCAGGCUCAAAUAUUGGUUCUCCUUCAGGCAAUAACCUCACUCCUGCUGGUCCAUGUCGUUAUGACAGCUCUUUAGGUCUGUUGACAAAGAAGUUCAUCAAUUUGAUCAAACAAGCAGAGGAUGGUAUUCUUGAUCUGAAUAAAGCUGCUGACACACUAGAGGUGCAAAAGAGGAGGAUAUACGAUAUAACAAAUGUUCUUGAAGGGAUUGGCCUUAUAGAAAAGAAGCUAAAGAACAGAAUUCAAUGGAAGGGACUGGAUGUUUCCAGGCCAGGGGAGGCUGAUGAUAGUUUUGCUAACUUACAGGCAGAAGUUGAAAAUCUUACAAUGGAGGAGCGCCGGUUAGAUGAACAAAUAAGGGAGAUGCAAGAAAAACUACGGAAUCUUAGUGAAGACGAAAACAAUGAGAAGUUGCUUUUUGUCACUGAGGAAGAUAUAAAGAACUUGCCUUGCUUCCAGAAUGAAACCUUAAUAGCAAUUAAAGCUCCACAUGGCACCACUUUGGAGGUCCCUGAUCCUGAUGAGGCUGUUGAUUAUCCCCAGAGGAGAUACAGGAUAGUCCUGAGAAGCACAAUGGGCCCAAUAGAUGUUUACCUUGUUAGUCAAUUUGAAGAAAAGUUUGAGGAGAUUAAUGGUGUUGAUGUUGCACCCAAAUUUCCACCCAGUCCAGAACUUAACAAGCAUCAAUCAGCAGUAGCCCCAGAGGAUACAGGAAAGGACAUAGAGGUGCACGGACAAGAUGGUCAUGGGCCUAGUUCAGAUUUUACUUCCUCUCAGGACUUUGUAAGUGGGAUCAUGAAGAUUGUUCCUUCAGAUGUUGCUUGUAAUGCUGAUUACUGGCUUUUAUCAGAUGCCGAUGUUAGCAUAACUGACAUGUGGAGAACAGAACCUGGUGUUGAAUGGAAUGAACUGGAUACACUUCAAGAAGAUUAUUGUAUGACUCAUGAGCACACUACAACACCAAUUCAUCCUUCAAACGCAGGUGAGGUGUCUGCUGCAUCUAAGCCUGCUGGAGGUUGAAGCUUCUAAAGGAUAUAUUGCGAAUUCAUAGGGAAAGUAGUGUUCCUUUCCCACUAAGAACCUAUGACAUCCAGCCAUCUCCCUCUUGUAUCCUCUCAGUCCCCGAGGUUGGAUUGAAGGCUCCAUGAAGAUGCUUUCUCAAUGUUUCUACAGGAAGCUCGUCCGAGGAACUGAGGGGCCAGUCAUUGGCACAUUGUACAGUUAAUAUUACAUAAUCCAAGCGACCUUGUUCAAGAAAAAAAUAUUGCGGCUUUGCUUAACCCAUCUUUGUAUAUUGUAAGCCUUGGCUUUCUAAAGCACUUAGCUCGUUGUCUAUGUUUGGCAAGGAAUAAAAAUACGCUUCGGAAUGCAAAUUGUAAUAGAAUUAUGCUGAG